AAUUCCUUUGAACAAUACAUAGUGCGUUUAAAAUAAGAUUUCCAAAAUUGUUCUGUGGGAUGGUUUUUCUUGUAAUUACACAAUCAGUUUUCAUUUCAGCUGUAUUUUAAUAACUUUUAACCAAAAAACGCAGUUUACCUUUAUCUUUACAGAUCUUAAAAGGUCUUUUGAUUGUUUGUGUUGUGUAGUGUUGUUUUGGUGAAUGCUUUGCAAGCUUUUUUACGUUUAGCGCUUCUAGGAUGUCAGAUAUUUAAAAAAAAUCUUUUGAACAAUAUAGGGACAUAGUGCUUUAAACAUUUUUUUUCUGAUGGUUAUGCCAUUAGUUCUUUUAGAUCCAAUUUAGGCUUCAGGAUGCAACAACUUUUGCCAUAUUUUUUGAAACAAAAAUACAUAAUUUUUCUUCGAUUUUGUCAAAUCAUCGUUUCCGCAUUGCCAAUUCUCGAAACUAUCCUUAUCCAAAACUACAUCUAAAGUGCAAACAGUCGCCACGGUGGGGAUGUCGUGUCGUCCGGUGCUGCGUUGUCAGAUGCUGCUUAUUAUCGCCGGGCGGAAGGAGCUAGAACUGAAUAUUAUUUUUUAAUAAAGUUUUGUCUCACAUGAAGUUCUGUACUGUAGACGUAAAUUUACUCCGAAAUUCCAAAUCUGCCAAUUUUUUUUCAAGAUACAUAUUGCCUUAUCGCUGAUCGGGAUUUAUGUAACCCCUACGGUGGACACAAUCAGUACCUAUGAAUUCGGCCCUUAAUUUAAGUUUUGGCUUGGGACUUUCGAUUGAUUUAUUUCGUUCAACGUUAGAGACCCCUUCGGGCAAUAAAUUUGACGCCGCGGGACUUUUAUCCAUCGAAAGCGAUGAGGGAUUUAAAAGCGAAAAAGAAACCUUCCGUUUACCCCCGCUACAUCAAGCGCAAACUGCUCGACUUAUUGCUGAAAAAGCGACCGUGCGUCACCUCGUUCGCGAAGGUCUCCAAAAAGUCACCGGCGAUACUUGUCACACGCGCGUUUCCACGCCACAUCCCCCCCUGCUCACCUUAAUUUACGUAAUUAUAUCUCUAUGCUCAGUCGAAACGAGGCAGAGCGACGGCUCGCGUCUGGCAUGCGUUUUUAUAUUUUUAGUUUGGCCAGCGUAGGUCGGAUCGGAACGUCGCGGCAGUAGUGGUAGAACCGAGUGAACGGAGUUAUGCGAAAAAUCGUUACCCAUGUACGGAUCGGGGCUCUCUUCUUAUAGUCGGUACCACCCCGGGUACUAUGACGACGCGGCGACGCGAUAUCCGACGACGACGGCAUCGAAAGUACUACCGGAUUACACCUGGCUAGAUUCGGGCUGUCGCUCGACGACCGCCAAAAGUCGCCAGCACGCGACAUCGAUGGCGAGUGGCGCGGAUAGCACGAACCGCAGACAACAGCGCUACUCGCGCUCAUCGACGGCUAGCGUCGCGCAGCUAUUGAGCGAUUCGUGUUCGAGCUUACUCCAGAAACUCACCACGAGGGUGCGCGGACCGUCGGCCACCGUAGAGAGAACGCUGCGCGGCAACACGACCAACGCCGGCGCGAGCGCGCCUACCGUCAAUCAGCUGACGACGAGCAGGAGCAGUACCGCGGUGGCGUCGAACUUGGGCUCGACGCGGAACCGAUUGGAGGAUAAAUAUUCGUCGGUGCUGGACCGGAUAUACGGCCGGAAACGCGACAACGAAAAGUCUUUGGAGCCGUUGCUCGGUCGGUCGUUGUCGAAAAGCAACACGACGGCCAACGUGCUCCAGCUCAGCGAGAAACAAUACCCGUACGUGUCGAGCAAGCACAACACUCCGUACCGCGAAAAAACGCCUUAUCGCGCCGAACAAAAGAAACACUCGACCGCUUACUUGGAGCCUACUCAUUAUUCCGAACUAAACCGGGAGCAGCCUUCGAGAUACAGAACGAACUAUUCGGAACUUAGGCCGAGGCGGCACUCGAAACCGCGACGUGCCGGCAAGAGCGAAUAUAACGAGCGCAAGUCCGUUACGAAUCUUAAACUUAGCGCCGUCGAAAUUCCUCUGGCCGCGGAGGCGCCUAAAAAUGCGAAAGAUACACCGGCAGACGACGAGGACGCUACGCCCACCCCUUUGGUUCCCGAUCCCGUGUCCGAGAGAGACGCGAAACGGAAGGAAAUCCAAGGUCUCAUUAUGAAAUAUUCGGCCUUGGACGAGGCUUACAACCGAACUAGCUCUUUGUUGGCCACUUGCAGCGCGGCCGCCGUGCCAAACUGCGCGGGCCUGACCGGCGUGGCCGCCGCCAUCGCGAAGAAGUACUAUUCGGACACGUCGACGUCGUCGGUAGCUAGCUGUAAAGCGCCCUCAGUGGAAGAUGAUCAAGAAGGCCACCUUGUUUACAGAUCAGGAGACAUCUUGCAAGAUCGAUAUAAAAUACUUGGCACGCUCGGCGAGGGGACUUUUGGCAAAGUAGUCAAAGUGAAGGACUUGGAAAUGGACCAUUCCAUGGCUUUAAAAAUAAUCAAGAAUGUAGAGAAGUAUAGAGAAGCCGCUAAAUUAGAAAUCAACGUUUUGGAAAAGUUAGCGGAAAAGGAUCCGGAAUGUGUUCACUUGUGUGUGAAAAUGUUGGACUGGUUUGAUUAUCACGGGCACAUGUGUAUUGCCUUCGAAAUGCUGGGUCUUAGUGUCUUUGAUUUUUUGAAAGACAACAAUUAUCAACCUUACUCACUAGAGCAAGUGAGGCACAUUGGUUACCAGCUAUGUUACUCGGUAAAAUUUCUCCAUGAGAAUAAGCUGACGCACACUGAUCUCAAACCUGAGAACAUUCUUUUUGUAGAUUCGGAUUAUGAAUUAGUAUACAAUUCCAAAAAGAGACGCGAUGUGAAGCGAGUUAAGAGAACUGAUGUUAGAUUAAUUGAUUUUGGCAGUGCCACCUUUGAUCACGAACAUCACAGCACAAUCGUAUCCACUCGACACUAUCGUGCGCCCGAAGUGAUUUUGGAACUGGGGUGGUCUCAACCGUGCGACGUAUGGUCAGUGGGUUGUAUAUUGUUUGAAUUGUAUCUAGGUAUUACUUUGUUUCAAACCCAUGAUAACCGGGAGCAUUUGGCAAUGAUGCAGCGAAUUUUAGGAGAAAUACCGGCAAGAAUGGCGAGGAAGACCAAAACAAAGUAUUUCUAUCGAGGCAAACUUGACUGGGAUGAAAAAAGUUCUGCAGGGAGAUACGUACGCGAUAACUGUAAACCCUUGCUGAGAUACAAGCAGUCAGAUGAUACGGAGCACAACUACUUAUUCGAUUUAAUCUUUAAAAUGUUAGAUUAUGAGCCAACUGACCGAAUAACGCUCAAAGAUGCAUUAAGGCACCCAUUCUUUGAUAAGAUUUUGCCAAAUCAGAGAUUGGGCGAUUUAGAUGGAUCAGAAGAUAUUCAUCAUGAAAGGAGUAUAUCCCGAUGAUGAGUGAAAUUAUAUAAUGUUGCAUAAUUAUUUGUGAUGCGCUACUAUAAACUUUCGAUUAAUAAUUCCGAACCCGGUAGUGCGUUUUUUUAAUGGUUUGGUGACGAAAAUUAGGGUUUACUUUGGACGUAAUGCAUUCGUUUUGUAAAAAAAAUUAGUUAAAAUCACUUGCGCAAGGAUAUAUUAUCUUAACCAAGUAUUUUUAACCUCCUGUCUUAUGGGGCUGAUCAUUCGGUUCAUUGAGUAUGCAAUUAAAAAGUAUUGUAAUAUGAAUUAAUUUGUUUUAAUGAAAACUCUCCGAUAAAACAGACUGUUUCAUUUAAAAAUAAUUUGAAAUAAGCCUUUCAAUUGUCAUUUUAAAAUUAAAUAUAAUUAUUGAAUUUUAUCAAUGUAAAU